UGUUACCCUUGGGCAAGAGUACUUAUGGGCGGCCGACAGCCUGCACUUCACUUGGCCGGGGUACCCAGUGAUGUGACCGCACUUCAGCGUCAAAUACAGUUUGUGGAGCACAGGUCGAUAAGUUCCAUGGGACCCAUAAUCUUUGGUCCAACGUUCUGCGGAGCUUUUGGUGGGAAAGGCGAGUUGUAGAGAUGACUGCAAAGACGAGGUGUUUGCAGUUUUGUGUGUGGUUUAUCAGGCGGUGAUGAGGGGAGCUACAUCAAUCGCACAGUUAACGACAUCUCUAACAAGAGAGGCGAUACGCGAAACAAACGAACGUGGCCAAAGGGAUUGCGAGGCUACACAUUUCACUGGACACCCAUCUAGGAGACAGGCGGGAUUGAACCACCGACCUAUCGGACUGCAGCCGAUUGCUCUACCACUGAGCUAUAUCUCCUGCGAAUCACCUCGGAAUUUCCUUAGAUGUCUUAGACAAACGAUAACAAAUAUAUAAUUAGACUAAUCAAGACAGUAUCGCUGUAUAAGACAGUUUCAACGGUGUUGGCGACAGAAGCAGAUCUGAACUCUGUGGAGACUGGUUCAUGGUUCUGACGUCACCGAGCCCAGAAUAUCCAUCCAUGUUUUCAACUCUCUGAAUCUAUCGGGAAGAAUCUGCUAAUUGUGAAGGUUUUUGAAUUGUCCGUGAUCGCCCAGGCCGUGGUGUUACAUCAACCUCAUGUUGGAGUAAUUCGGGGAAGGUUUUGGUGGUUUUGGGAAGUGAUGGAGAUGGAGGUAGCGAAUAAGAUUGGCGGAUUGCUUUAGAUGUGGUCUGUGUGUGAUGGCUAUUGUGAGUUUGGCGUGAGAGAACAGGAUGCAGAGCCCAAAUACUCGACUGCACCAGGAUCAUUACAAAGUGCUUGGCGUGGAUUAUGAUGCGUCGAUUGAUUCAAUUCGUACUAGCUAUCUGCGCCUCGCUCUGAAAUGGCACCCCGAUAAGCACAAUGGUGCAACUGCGGCGACUCUUAAGUUUCAGGAGAUCAAUGAAGCAUACCGAGUCUUAAGCAACCCAUGUAUGCGGCACGAGUACGAUAUGCAUGGCAACUACGGCCUUCAGGAUUACAACUACACUGAUUACCUCAAGCGUUUUAAAAGCUUAAUAUUGACCUGCAAUGGGCUGGGUAUCGGCAGCCGCAUACACUUGUGAUUCUGAUUGGCUAAUCAAUGCCCGACAGGAGAUUUGAAGUUGAAAGCUUUUCUUCUUUACGCUUGCAUGUGUAGAUGACGGAGCAAAGAAAGCAGUAAUGGAAUUGGCUCACUGGAACCUUCUCAACAACCAUAGUUAUAUGACAUAGAACAGAGGCGGCAUUUUAGUCGUUGAUUCCAACUUGCUGGGGCAUCUCAGCGUCUCAAUUGACUUUGACGUACUGUUGUAAUAGGCCGUGGUCUGUACCAGCUUGAUUUUUCUUCGAUUUACUAGUGGAGUGAAGAUGAUUGGAGUGGGUUCGUCACUUGAGUUCGAUCAGAACUAGGAAUGCCCACACCAAUGUCAACAGUGACGCGGUAUAUCGUGUUCACAACUUUUGUAGAUGCUGUAUUGUCUUGAGGUUAGGGUGCCACCAGCAGCCUUCAGUACCGUAGCUUGAUCAUUUUAGAAGUAACAAUCUAGCAUUGUGCUGCUUUUAAAAUGAAUUCUCUGGCAGAAGUGAUAGUCGGUGAUGAAAGCGGUGACAUCGUUGCUUUUGAUCAGUUCAAUCAUGCACUUGUAUUCCACAUGAAAAGAGGAGAUCUGGAGUAACAAUUUUGUGUCUCAUUUAUUAGAAGAUAUGAUUAUCUGCCAAAGUUGAGACCUGUCUUUGUUCCAA